GUCGAUCAUCAAAUCAGUACCGUCUCUGGUCUCGCUAUCUCUACAGGUGUUUUUCGAAUAAGGUCCCAUUGGAAAGCAUAACAUCGAAACGUGCUUCCAGGGAAAAGUCGUAGUGCAAGAUGCGAAUGUUUAUUAUCCCCUGCUGCCUAGCCCUGCUGGUGGCACUAGCUACUGCCGAGGGCAAAGGCAAACCGGCGGCAGCGGAUCAGAACGUCGCCGCGAGUGAGAGAAGCGUAGAAGCUGAGCAGAAACCGGACCGGGAACUGGAGCGACGUGGAAUCACCCUGGGCGAUUGGAACCAUGUUCAGGACCAACAUGAACAGCUGCAGCUCCAACAGCCACAGUUUGAAGCUCAGGAAUCGCACGCAGCCAGUGACUUCCAGGCGCACUUUGCCCAGCAGCAGCAGCAACCACAGCAGUACCAUCAGCAGCCCCAGCAGCUGCUCCAGACAGCUCCACAGUCCUUCUAUCAACAUCAAGCUCAACCACAGGCCCACUUCCAGCACCAAGCUCAAACGCAGUCCUUCUACCAAGCCCAUCCACAGCCUCAUGAAACUCAACACUACCACAUGGUGCCGCAGCACAUGCACUUGGUUCACCUGCCGUCGCAGCACAUGGUUCACUAUCAACCAGAACAUCACCAAUAUGAGGACAUCAAGACCAUAACUGUCGAGAAGAAGGUCCCAGUACCGUACACCGUCGAGAAGCACGUGCCGUACACCGUUCACAAGAAGGUACCUUAUGAGGUCAAGGUCCCAAUUCCACAACCCUACGUCGUGGAGAAGAAGGUCCCGUACACUGUCAAGGAAUACGUCAAGGUCAAGGAAUAUGUCCCGGAGCCAUACACCGUCUACACCAAGGUCCCCUAUGAGGUGAAGGUUCCAGUCGACAAGCCAUACAAGGUUGAAGUUCCUGUGCCCAAGCCAUACGUGGUUGAGAAGAAGGUCCCUGUCGAGGUCAAGGUCCCAGUCCCAGUUCCCUACACCGUCGAGAAGAAGGUCCCAUAUGAAGUCAAGUACGAAGUCCCCGUUCCAAAGCCUUACACAGUCAUCAAGAAGGUCCCUUAUGAGGUGAAGGUCCCAGUCGACAGGCCCUACAAGGUCGAAGUCGAAAAACCUUAUCCAGUGGAAGUGAAGAAACCAUACCCAGUUGUCGUCGAAAAGAAGGUCCCAUACGAGGUCAAGGUUCCAGUCGAUAAGCCUUACCACGUUGAGGUGCCAAAGCCCUACAAGGUCGAAGUUAAGGUCCCAGUGCCAGCUCCAUACACCGUCGAGAAGAAAAUCCCAUACACCGUUGAAAAGGCCGUCCCCUACACGGUUAAGGUCGAAAUUGACCGCCCAGUCCCGGUUUACAAGGAAGUGAAAUUCGCCGUCACGAAGGAAGUGCCACACCCAGUCAAGGAAAAACAGUACGUGCCAGUCCCAGUGCAACACGAAACUGUUCACCACUAUGGCGGCCAUCACCAUGGACAAGAAUCGCAUUACCUGCCCCAACAGACCGAACUGCACCUGCCACAGCACAGCCAACCAGAAGUGCAGUACACCCAAGAGCAGGCUCACUACCCGCAGCAAGCUCAUGAGCAACAGCACUGAGACCCCAAAUCACCUCGUUGGAUUUUCCACUCCACUUUUGUGAUAAUUGUGAAUAUAUUUAACACGUUAGUAUUAAAGUCUUGGAAUCGAUCGCCCCACUGCCAAGAGGAAGGGACUGAAUACUCGAAAAACGCUGAACCCCGCCGAAUCAAUUGCUGACAUUGAACACGCUCACUCUCAGAAGUUCUUCCGAGGGACCAGCUUUUUCUAGUCGAAUAAAAUAAACGCCAAACUUCGUUGCUACGUUCGUAAAAAAGGAAAGCUUCUUCUACGCGUUGUUGAAUAGUUGAAAUAAAAAUGUAUA